AUGCCAGAAACGCAGCUCGUGCUUGUCCUUUUCGACCACCCCACUGUUCGCCGCAAAUGGCGUACCGUAGUCGUACCGCUCGUAGAGGCUAUCUCCAAGAAGCUCAACAGCGCCUAUUCUGGCUCACGUCUCACCAUCGGCUGCGUUGUCUAUCGCCCAACCUUCGACAAGUCUCUCCUUCGUCCAGCUUGGACUUUGAGUAGAACAAAGCUUCAGCCAGGCUCCAAACUCAUCGCCUCCAGCAUACAGAGUCCAGAGGCAUGGCUUGGCCCAGAACAACCUUCUUCGCUAUCACAUGAUACUGAUACACCAGCAUCGACUUUCUCUCCCAUCGAUGGGAGGAGCAACGCCAAACCUACAGCACACCUACUCGAAGCCUUUGUUGCAGCACUCGAACUUCUUCAACCCAGGGAUAAUGGUGUACACAAUCCACUAGGACCCAAGAAGCCACCUGUGCUGGCGAGGCACCUGCUGCAUAUCUGCCUUGACUCUUCGGAUGUGACAUUCGACCUCACCUCGCCGCCAUUCUUCAACGCAGAUGCGGCCAACGAUCGUGCAGCUGUUCCGGGUAUCGGUGGCAAGUUCGCGCGGCUGGGUGUGUCGAUCACCAGCUGCGCGGUCAAGCCCUCAACUCCCGAUGAACCGUCUGCACAGCCAUCAAGGGAAGCACAAGCAGCGAUCCUUGGUCUGCACAAGAUCGUCGCGGAGCCCAAUAAGCUUGUCAACGAGGAUCUCGCUGCGAUGAUGCCCGAAGCUGUGCGAGAAAAGGUCAAACAGGAUGCGAAUGUCGUUUCGAGUGAUCUCACACCAAACACAGUAUCUAAGGGUGCGACAGCGACGAACGCAGCAGUCACAUCGACGAAGAGAGGCAGGGAGGACGAAGUCGACGCAACAUCCGGCUCCGUAAAGCGAUCCAAGUCAGGCAGCAUCUCUCAACCACAACCACCUCUUGCCAACUCCUCAACCUCUCAGCCCCCACCGACCUCGACAGCCCCACCUGUUCAACUCAAACUCGACCCUAGCGUCAGCACAAAAGUCAUGUUCUUGCGGUCGCAGCAGGAAGCCAUGGUAAAGAACUGGGCUCUUGCCUACUCUGCCGUCGUCAAGAGCGAGUCUUCCGGUGAGAACCUGUCGGCGAAAGCUCCCGGCAUGAAUAAGGCGUACCUGGAGCAGUUGAAAGCUCAAUUGUUGACACAACAACACGCGCUCAAGAUGCUGGUGGGAAGGAUCGUGAGUGGGGCGGAGACAGCGCCGAACUUCAAUGUCAGUUUGCAAAGCUUGAUCAACAUUGAUAAGGAGGCAAGGGAGAUGGGCGUGAAUCUGGGUGGACCGAGCGGUGGAGCAGCAGCCGGAGGAGGAGCGAGGGCGGGGAGGAGUGGUAGUGUGACUGCAGGCCAACAGCCGCCCGCUAUAUCAUUGCAGGGAUCAACCAACGUCGUCAAACCACCACCUUCUUCCAACGAUGCUGCAUCCAGCACCGGCAUCAACGUUACUGCCGCUAACUCUGCUGCCCAACAACCGCCACCCAGCCCCACCCGACCCAAACCGUUCUGGAGAGGCGCGCUCACCUGGUCCGUCAUCUCCGACCCUACCACCAAACAGAAACGCGACGUAGCCACGCUCGUCUCGGCCACUUCCAACUCUCCGCUCCUCGACCGUCUCCUCAUGCCCUGGCCGGACAAACUCCAAAUCACAGCCAUCACUCAACUCUCCCCGCGCAACCUCCAAGUCUACGCCCAAUCCCAGAACGCUCCUUACAUCCUCUUCUCCACACAAGAAGCGGACGCCAACGGCUCUGGUUCUUCCGUGUUGACACCGGCAACGGCGGAGAAGAAUCGACAGAUGUAUUCGAGUCUCGCGGGCAGCUUGGAUGCGAAGAAGAGCUGUGCCUUCAUUCGACAUGGCAGCAAUGCGGGUGCGGGGUUGGUGUUGUUCGCAACCACUCAGCCGACCAGUAGUGCUGAGAGGAAGGGGCAAGCAGGAGGAGUAGGGGGACAGGCAAAGUUGAUAGGUGUGGUGUUGAAGGAUACGAUCCCGUUCUCGAGGUUGUUGAGCGGUCAGAGUUCCACCGCAUCGGCAACGACAGGGACCGCGGGGAAUGGCAAGGUCGAACAGGAACAGAGAGCGAGGAGUACCUCUGCGUCGCAACCCGACCAUCUUCAGCCACAGCAACAGCCACAGUCCACACAGCAGAUCCAACAACCUCAACAGGCUCCACCACCACAACCACCACAACCACCGACAGGGAUGGGAUUAGGCUCUUCGAUGCCCUUCAACCUGGCAGCGCUGAACGCAGCGGGCAACGUACCAGUCUCUGGCCUCGGUGCAAGUGCCGGUUUGGGCGCCGGUAUGAACCUCAGCUCGCUCCUUCCACCGACGCAGAACAACCUCGCCAACUUCAACUUCGCUCAGUUCGGUGGAGUCGCCCAGCCACAAGAUGCCUUUUCAGCAGGGACGCAGCAGCAGCAACCGAACCUCGCCGCUCUAGCACAGCUGCUAGGUAUCGGCGGUCAGAACGUCACACAGCAGCCGCAGCAGCAGCAGCAGGUGGGUCAGCAACAGCUCCAAGCAUUCGGCCAAGGUCUGUCGCAAAACGUCUUUGGUCAACUCGCACCGUCUGCUCCCCCUCAGCAGCAGCAGCAACAACAACAGCAGCAACAGCAACCGGUCAUGUUUGACAAUUUGAACCCCUUCGGCGUUGCGAAUCAGCAGCAGCAACAGCAGCAGCAACAGCCGCAGCAGCAGCAACAAGUACAGGUUCAGCAGCAGGCAGGAGCAGCAGGAGGUGCCGGAGGUGAUGGCAGCGCGGGACAGAUGGAUUUCUCAAAACCCAUGACGAUGGACCAACUGCGGGCGCUUGGAUUCAUUUCUUAG